CGAUGGGCUCCACUUGCUAUAUUUGGCGAUCGAUUGAUCGUCCUGGGCCAUUAUCUCAUCACGUGAAACCAUGUGACCUCACGUGCCAAGCCUGGGGAAACAUCGUGAUAUCCCGAUGAUAAUAGAGCUCUGGAGAGAACAGUCAUAGCCUAUGAUAAGGCUAGCCUGAAUGAACAGUGACCAACUACCCAAGUGCUUUUUAUCGCACAAUACACCUCGAGUGAACAAUACAACCAAAGCCCGUAAAGGAAACACCUAACAUGGGAUAUUAAAGCUAUCCAAAACAAAAGUACAACUACACAGAGCCUAGUCGCAAACCCGGUCGCUUUCCCAGAGACUUUUCAUCCCAAAUGCCGUCAGCAAAUAAAGGAAAAGGCAAAGGCCGUGAAGCGCGCCCCUCCCGAAGCCGAAACACCACGCCCAGUUCCAGUUUCAGUGCCCCAACCGCUGCCCCAGUGUCCAGCUACCUCGACAAUGAUGUCUCGAAACUGCUCGUACCGGUGACCGCGCAAUAUGGAGAGCUCUUGGAUCGAAUGGGAGGGGUUGGUCCCAUUCCCGACUCGAAGUCUCUCGAGACAUUGAUGGAACAUUUGAAGACUCUCAGCCAGCUGGCAGAAGCUCGCUGCGAUGCAUGCGACGCUGGCAUUAGAGAGCUAUCUCAAAAGCGAAAACAAGUGGUGGAGGAGCCUGAAUACGAUGGCGACCGUCCGAAGAUGAAACGUGAGGCGGAAGAUGAGGAAGAUGACUCGAAAGCUCUUAAGGGAGGGAAAUUGAAGAAGCGCAAAGAACGGGGCAGCAGUUCAAAGGAGGAUCGCCCGUUAGCCCACGGUGCUCACGAACUUUCUCGCCAAGAUGGUGCCGAAACCAAAGUGGAGGGUGCCGCAUCUCCUGUGUCUAAAAAGUCAAAGAGCACCUCGUCCUUGUCUCCCCCAGAACCUAACUCUCCUCAAAACAACGUUGCCAAGGAAUCAUCGCAAGCUCCUGGAUCACCGAUGUCGGAUGAUAGCUCAGACUCGCAUCAGCCCGAACCUGCUCCAGCUAUACCUCAAAUCCAAGUAUUCGGACCCAACCCUGUAAAAUUCGACGAUCCGACUAUAUACCACAUACGUGAUGUCACACCGGAUAUGACCGAUGAAGAUAAGAAGGAGAUUUACAGCGUUACUCGUUUCCCAUCUAGCGAUCUCAGUCAUAUGAUGGCUGGGAUAGCUCCAGAUCGCGAUUUUAGCAAUUCCAAGCCUACGAACCAGGUCAGCGCGAAUACAUUCCUAGCCUAUGUCGAUGCCUACGUCCGUCCAUUAAUGGAGGAGGAUAUUGCUUUUCUCAAAGAGAAGGGUGAUCGAGCAACUCCAUUUAUCAUGCCACGGCGUGGGAAGAAGCAUUAUAGUGAGACAUGGGCUGAGGAGGAUGGAUUGAUGAAUGUCGACCAAACAAAUGGCAACCGGGAACGUCUGCCUCUAAACCAGGGACGCGGGAACAUUGACCAGGUGACGGACGAAACUAUUGAGACAGAUAAGGUGUCUGUUGGUCCAUUGGUUAGCCGCCUUUACUCUCUAUUGCGAUAUGAGCACCGUGCUCCCCACGAUGAAAAUCCUGGCGCCAACGGAACGGUCAACGGGGAAUUGCCCAACAGCUCUUCUUCACUCGGUGACGCAAUGGAACUCGACCACCCAGUUGGCGACUCAGAGAGCAAACCCCAAGCUUCCGCAACAUCGUUCCCGGACGCUUCACCAAGCGGCUUCAAGGUGCCUGCCGCUAAGCUAGACCACGCCCAACUUGACGAGCGCCUCAAAGCCGAACUUCGUCACGUGGGCUUCCUUGGCCCUGACGACAACCCCGAUUACGAUGCACAUUAUGACGAUGACAUCGCGCAACGACUCCGUCUCCUCCAGAGCGAACUAAAGAAGCAAAUGAUCGUCAACAGUGCCCGAAAAGCGAGGCUUUUGGAAAUCGCUCGUGAGCGCAUGGCAUACCAGGAGUACAUGACCAUCCACGACGACCUUGACUCGCAGGUACAACAGGCCUACCUCAAGCGGACCCGGACAUUGGGCAAGAGCAAGAAAGGCUCCCAGGCUAAGCAUAGGCCAGGAGGAGCUGGCGGUGGCAGCCACGUCGUCAGUGCCGCUGGUGUGGGCCGUCCCGCUAUCGGGGACGUUGCUCGAACUCUCAUGGACCGACGCAAGCGUUGGCGUGAUUGCAUCGGGCCGAUUUUCAAGGAUUGCAAGACUUCCGUACCGGGGAUAAACGAAUCGGUCUUUGACACGUCAGUCAUGGCCGAGUAUGAGAAAGCAGAACUUGAAGGCUGGGAUGAGGAACAGGAGUGAUCGAUCCUCGUUUCCCUCCCCAUACGAACGUUUCAUGUAAUAGGUCUUUUUUUUUUCUACCUUCGUGUAUAUGCAUUUUUCCUUUCACUCCAUCUUUUGUGUUUUGUUUCUUUCUCCGUUCAUGUUAGCUCUACAAUGUUGAUUUGAACUGGAGAUUGGGUAUGGUUGAGGUCGUAGGUUUGUUUUGAGCGUCGAUCAUGGAGGUUUUGUGUGUUUGGCGUUGGGGUUUACACUAGAGAGCGGGCAUAUAAUUCGGCCGCAAAGCUAUCAUUAGUCACGAGAUCAAGAA